AUGAAAAGCUUUCACGUGCCGAAUGUGCGUGCCAUCUGUUUUGACGUUGAUUCAACAGUCUGCACAAAUGAUGGUCUUGAUGAAUUGGGACGGUACAUGGGCAAGGCUGAGUUGAUUGCUGCCAUCACGAAUAAAGCUAUGGAUGGAGUGUUAGACUUGCCAGAUGCUUUGGAUCAACGUUUGGAUGCCCUACAAUUGACGAAGACCAAGAUUGCGAGCUUUAAACAGAAAGUUUCCAUCUCAUUAACGCCGGGAAUCAGGUGA